AUGUUAGGGGAAGUGCAACUUCAGCCUCCACCUAUUCAGCAAAACCCUAGUGACUCCGAUCCUUUACUCGCGCUGAAGUUUUUGAAUAUGGAGGAUCCUAUUCCAGCUACUGCAGAGUUGAAUGAGAAGAAUGCCUUGGCUUUAGCCAUCCUUCUCGUCGCUGAUCAACAACCUUUUGCUGUUUUAAAUCAUGCAAGUGGAACCACUGGUUGGGAAUUGGCACUUGUUAUGGCUCCCAAUUCGAAUGAGAGUGCUACAGCAGCUAGCAAAUUGGAUGGAGUUUUGGACCUGCUUACACUAGACAGCCUAUAUGACGAUGCACUCAGAAGAAACAACCAAAAUCUUAGCUAUAAUCCGUGGAAGCAAGCACUGGUGGGAGGCAUGAUACAACCUGCAAUGCACGAUCCAUUUUUUGCCUCUAAUAGAAUGGCUACUCCACCUUUAGUGCAAAUGGCAGACCGAAUUGUUCAACUAUUUGAAACCAACAGAUAUUCUGUUGUUAACAUCUUUGAUGUGACAUUGCAUCCUCAACUUAAUGUGACUGGUGUAGUUGAGGUCACCAAAGAAAGCCUAGAUAAAGCGAUAUCAAUAUGUGGACCUUACAGUGUUAGUCUAUUUCAUGCACUACAAUUUUGUGAUGCUCAUCUUGGACACAUUUUCAAUGAUGGUCCUCAACCAAUAGAAAGCGUUACUGUAUCGAUAGGUUUUUCAAUUCAGUCAGAGAAAAAAAGGGGUGCUAAGAAUGGAAAGAAGAAUCUGAAUGUGAAGCCACAAAACUUGAAGCAAAAGAGGAACCAGACAACAAAUGGUGGAAGCAGAAGAAGCUCCAUUUAUAUAGGAGUUACAAGACAUAGGUGGACUGAUAGAUUUGAAGCUUAUCUUUGGGAUAAGAGUUCUUGGAACAACAUUCAGAACAAGAAGGGAAAACAAGGUUAA